UGCAAUCAAUCUAUCCCAUUUGUCACAUGGGGAUAUGUUCCGAGCCGUCCCGGAGCUUUAACUUGUCAUGCUCCCGCUACCUGGGCACACCACGGCCAGGCCUUAAACUCUAUUUGCUCAGCCGUAUCUUUAAAGUGAGCAGAAUGUAAGCAAGGACGCAACCACACCUUGCUCAAACGUGCUCAGGUUUGCUUCGUUCUGCGGGUCGCUGCGCUAAUUACCGGAAAGUUCAAGCUGCCACCGGGCCUUAUAAUAAUGAUAGAACCCCAUGAUGAGUGCGCAUUUAGGCCGCAUGUCUGUCAUGCAAACCCUCACAACAAACAAACCACAAACUCGCAUUCAGACUCACUCCAACAUGUUGUUCCUCAGCCUAGCCUAUCUCUCCCUCAUAGCAGCCUGGCUCCCGCUGCUCGCGCACGCUACGCCACACCCCAAACCCUCCCCUCGACGCAACAUAGCCGGCGUGUCGGUCAUCGACACCCCUAUUGUCCGCGCUGCCCAGCAGUUUGCCCGGGACCAUUCCGACGACAGGCUGUACAACCACGUUAUGCGAGCCUGGCUCUUUGGAACCCUGCUGCUCGCCCACAACGAAACGCUCCGCGCAUCAGUCGACGAAGAGGUCCAGGCUGUCGGACUGAUGCUGCACGACCUCGGCGCCAACCACAGCCUCGAUUCACCCUUCGUGACCCUGGACCGGCGCUUUGAGGUCGACGGCGCGUUUGCUGCCAGGGGUUUCAUCCGAUCACACCGGGACGGCAGACACUGGGACGACCGGAGGGUGCAGCUGGUCUGGGACGGGAUCGCGCUGCACGCGGAACCGAAGUUUGCCCUCUUCAAGGAGCCCGAUGUCGUGGCCAUCUACUGGGGCAACGAUCUGGACUUUUCGGGACCGGCUCACGGGGUGACCGACGCCGAGUAUGCCGCUGUGGUAGCGGAGUUCCCAAAGCCCGUCAACCAGACGGAGAUGGUUAUUGAGGGCAUUACUUGGUACUGUCGCCAUAAGCCUCUGUCCACACAAGAUACCUUCAUGCAGCCGUACGGGGAGAUGUUCGUGCCGGGCUACUCGGCCGUGGGUCACCGUGCCAUCGACGGCGCUUUAGGACGCUGAGAAAAGUGGUCAGGUG